AUGAAAGAACUGAUAUAUCUUCUGUUUCAAGGUGUUCUGCUGUAUGAGACUUUGGCAUGGGAAGUGAGAAUGCCAACAGAAAUUCAUGGCCUCAGAGGUUCCUGUCUGGUUAUACCGUGCUCUUACUCUUACACUUCAUACCCACCAACUAACCCACGUAGAGUUGUGUGGUAUCAGUAUGUGUCGAAAGGCUUCCCUUUAGUUUAUGAUCCCUGGUAUCCAGACAGUGUCAUUGACAAGUUCAGAGGAAAAACUGAUAGAUAUAGGCCUACAAACUCAGAUCGGGAUUGUAGUCUGCUGAUCAAAAGUGUGGAUCCGUCCCAUAAUGGACAAAAAUUAUAUACAUGGAUUGACCCAGAAAAUAUUGGCAAAAGCACCUACAGAUUUUAUGAUGUCACCUCCAGGAUUAUUGUUGACACAAAUCCACAGCAGCCCAUCAUUAAUAUUUCUGGAGGUUUAAAGAUCGGUGACAACAUUACAGUAGCGUGUUACACCUACCACACCUGUCCAUACAGCAAACCAAACAUCAUUCUGAAGGGUAUUGAAGGAUCUGAUAAAAUAGAUGAUGUUCAUAUAAAAAAUGGUCAAUGGAAAACCACUCUGACACGCAUCGGGGUUGUGAAGGCUGAACGCUCAGAUAUUGAGUGUACUGUAACACAUCAUGGAGGCAUAACAACAACAGCUACAAAAUCACAAAGUGCAAAAUGUAAGUUAAAAAAAUUAUAUGCAUUCAAAGGCAUACAUCUGCCUAUGUUUUAUCUGUGUAUAACAGUCAGUUUCACAAUAAAUUAA